AUGUCCGAUAAAGUAUCCACAGACCAAUACGGACGGAAAACAUGGGACGUGGAGGCAUAUGCCGAGGAAGCGAGACGAGGAAAGUCGAAGAAAGACGCUCCCUCGGAUAAAGCCGUUGAACUGGUGAAGAAGUUGAAUGGCCAGAACUACCUUGAUCACCGAGCAAAUCUUCUAGAUGAGUCUGUGCUGGCUGUGGGGAAACAUACGUUGAUCAGUGCAGAUUCCAACACCUCCAGUACAUUUGGUAAGAACAAGCGGUUUGGAUUUUUCUGUCCUAUUUGUGACCUCUCGUUCCGAGAUACAUUGGCAUUGGUGGAUCAUUUUAACUCUGCACAGCAUGUAAAAAAUGCCCGGAAAAUUGCACAGCAACUGGGAACGUCCGACUUGGGAGAAGAUGUUGGUGAGGUUAAGAGAGCUAGUGCAGAGGAGGUGGCGAAGACUAUAGAGAAUUUGGUGCAGCAGCUGCUACGAGCUCAGGCUGUGAAAGGAGCAGAUUCACUCCAGGUUAGAAUUGUCAAAAGACAGGAGUUCGAGGCCAAAAAGCUGGCUGCACGGAAGGAACGUAGAAAGAGGCAGAAAACCAAAAAGAAUGUGAGGGAGAAUGCGGAGGACGAGGUGAAUAGUGAGAUGGCAGCGAUGAUGGGAUUCCAUGGGUUUGGAAGCACUAAAGCUUAG